AUGGCCAAGGAUACGGCGAAGAAGAACAUGCGUGGGAAUGCUGUCCGCAUGCAGGUGUUUUCUCUGAUAACACUCACUGUUAACGUGAUCUGCUUUCUCGUAUCCUUUUGGCGCCAAAGUUCUUUCCCAGGUUUUGGUAGCUUGGCCGCGCUAGCAUUUUGGGCGGGGCAGGAGUACGCGUCGCUCGCGCUCUUGAAGCAUUUCGCAAGACCCGUGUUCAACGCGGAGGGUGAGUUAUUGGAUUGCCCGGACGCUUCAGAUCCAAAGGAGCUGGGAUAUUAUUCCCUUGCGCAGGACGUCCUUUGGGUGUGCUGGGUGGUUCAGGUACUGUGUUUUCUGUUUCAUUGGGGGUUCAUGGUGCUGUAUCUUCCUGUCCCUGUCAUGGGUCUCUACAAGCUGUGGGGAAUCAUAGGGCCCUUGCUCACGCCCGCUCAGCCUGCGGCUGGUGAGGGGUGUGGAUUUGCCCCCGGGGGGUUGAGCCGAGCGGAGCGGAGAAAGAUGGAAUUGCAACAGCGCAAGAAGAGAGUGUAA